AACGGCGGCGGUGUGCCGAGCCUCCACCACCCCACAUCCCCCAAAAUAAAAAGCCAACCAGGAAUCUUGGAUUGCACCCGAUUAUUUACUGGAUACGGUGGGAUCUUCGCCUGGUGCCUGUCGAGUUCAGGGUCAUGGGAGCCCAGAGCUUUACCCAGCAGCACAGGGUGCAAGAUGGGAACCGACCCCGGACGGGGCACCAGUUCACCACAGAGUGACGGAAGAGCAGUCGUCCUUGACCAUCAAGAGAUAACGGAAUCUGUCCUCUUCCUAUGGAUUAUAGACCUGUAGGUCUGAACACCCUAGUGUGGGUUUGUCAUUAUUCACAGUUGCUCAGCAGACAGUUCAAACAAACCUCCAGAGAUUCAAUGAUUGAGAGGCAUUCAAGGUUUCCUGUAGAGAGGAUUAAAUGCAAGAUAUGAGCAUCCCUAAUCUUAAGGGUGAAAUCACUGCAGAUCAGCACUGAGUAGACUAAACACUCUAAGAGCCUUCCCCACGUGAUGCAGGCCGAAAACCUAUUUGCUAAGAAGCUCCAAACCUUGAAUGGGAAUAUGGGCCCUCCCAUUUCAAACUUACAGGGAACCCCAGUCAUGCCCAAAAUGGGCAUUCGAGCCAGAGUGUCAGAUUGGCCCCAGAGGAAAGACAACAGCCAUGGACCUCUGCCAAAGUACGAGUGUCUAGUCACAAGCUUCCAGAAUGGAACACCUAGUCAGAAUGCCGAUGACAUCAUCAAUCACAAUGAGGACUCUCCAGCUAAUCCGAAGAGUGAGAUACUUCGACACUCGCCGGAUAACAACCUACGCCUACUCCAGAAGAGGAGUAACAGUGAUGUCACCAUCAGCGAUGCCGGUGUGGAGGACUUGGACCACACAGCCAUUAACCCCAAUACAGGCGCCUCCCUGCGCCGCGAAUACGGUAGUACCUCCUCUGUUGACCAGCAGGGUUUAUCUGCUGAGAGGCUGUUCGCUCCCCAAAGGAGCUACCCAGCUGAACAUGCAGAGCAGCCCAGUGCGCCUCCUCCACAAGGUUUCCCAGAGUUCCUGUGUUAUGACACCACCAUCUCUCCAAGCUUGCAGACUGCCGCUCAUAUAGCACGUGGUGACAUCAUCUGUAUCCCAAACUACUCCGAUUAUGUGGACAACUCACUUUACGGCAGGGAUCGAGACAGGUCUUUCUUACAAAGGCAGAAAUCCGACAAAGGGGAUAUUUCGAUAUUUCGUAGAUUUAAGACCAUGAAGAGUGAAACGAAACAGUUCACCGAGCACGAUGACUGUAGCAGACAUGGCUGCACUUUGAGUUUUCAGAGGUGUUUUGCACAUUACGAUGUGCAGAGUGUCCUCUUCAACAUUAGUGAGGCAGUGGCCAAUCGGAGUAACUUGGCGCGCAGGAAGAACAUAUCGACCGGGGCUUCUGCUGCGUCUCAGCGCCAGGAUGUCGGCGAAGGUGUUGAGGUGUCACCUGUGUGUGAGUACACGCUACCUGUCGGUAGCUAUGACGACCCUGGACAAAAAGCAGGUCCUGACCUAGACGAAGGAGACGGGAAGAGCAACUGUAUGGUGCUUAGCUGCCCUUAUUUCCGCAAUGAAGUAGGUGGUGAGGGAGAGAGGAAGCUAGGGCUCAUGAGGACCAACAGCGCCCCCUACAGUAGUGGAGGUGAAAGCUGCUCCAUUGAGGCCACGCUCAGUUCUCACUGCACGAAUGCUGGGGUGUCUGUACUGGAGGUACCUCGUGAUAAUUAUUCAUCCCGUGAGAAUUAUGCAGUCCCCCGGGACUGCAUCAAACGCUACAUCAUCGAUCACAUUGACAUGGGCGCAUACUACUAUCACAAGUUCUUCUAUAACAAAGAGCACCAGAACUACUUUGGUGUCGAUGAGAACCUGGGCCCCGUGGCUCUGAGUGUACGCAGGGAGAGGCUGGAGGACAGCAAAGAGGGACCACAGUACAACUACCGGAUCAUCUUCAGAACCAGCGAGCUCACUACCUUGCGGGGGUCUAUCUUGGAGGAUGCUGUCCCCUCCACUGCGAAGCAUGGCACCACCCGUGGCCUGCCUCUGAAGGAGGUGCUGGAGUAUGUGGUGCCUGAGCUCAACAUCCACUGCCUUCGCAUGGCCAUCAGCUCAGCCAAAGUCCAGGAGCAGCUGCUCAGACUGGACCAGCAGGGACUGAGCUACCAGCACAAGGUGGGCGUCCUGUUCUGCCAGGCAGGCCAGAGCACGGAGGAGCAGAUGUACAACAAUGAAAGCAGCAGCGCAGCUUUCCAGGAGUUUCUGGAUCUGCUUGGCCAAAGAGUUCGACUGAAGGGCUUCACCAAGUACAGGGCACAGCUAGAUAAUAAAAUGGAUUCCACAGGCACUCACUCUCUCUACACGACCUAUAAAGACUAUGAAAUAAUGUUCCAUGUCUCUACGAUGCUUCCCUACACACCACACAACAGGCAGCAGCUGCUGAGGAAGAGGCACAUUGGAAACGACAUUGUCACCAUCAUUUUCCAGGAGCCAGGGGCACUACCUUUCACUCCAAAGAACAUUCGCUCCCACUUCCAACAUGUCUUCAUCAUAAUUAAAGUCCACAAUCCUUGCACAGAGCAUGUGUGUUACAGUGUUGCAGUUGCCAGAUCGAAGGAUGUACCAGCAUUUGGUCCUCCCAUCCCAAAGGAGGUGAUGUUUCCAAAAUCAGCAGUAUUCCGGGACUUCCUUCUAGCCAAGAUGAUCAACGGUGAGAAUGCCGCUCACAAGUCUGAGAAGUUCCGUGCUAUGGCUACACGCACGCGUCAGGAGUAUCUAAAGGACCUGGUAGAGAACUUCGCUACUGCUACUCCAGUGGACUCAUCAGGAGCCAAGUUCAGCUUCAUCACGCUGGGCUCCAAGAGGAAGGAACGCAUCCGGCCAAGAAUCAACGCUCACCUGCACAGCACCGGCGCCGUCACCUGGGCAGUGGUGGCCCCUGACAGCAGUCUUUCAACGGACGUCGGCUGUCUCCUCGCCAUCUCCAACGAGUUUGUAGUGCUGAUUGAGGAGUCAUCCAAGGAAGUGGUCUUCAACUGCUCCUGUAGGGAUGUGAUUGGCUGGAGCUUGUACCCAGCAGUGGGCAGAGUCAAGCUGUUCUAUGAUCACGGGGACUGUAUAGUGUUCUCUGUCCAAGAUGGCUGUGCUGAGGAGGUUCGCGAAAUCACACAACGACUUAACAUGGUCACUAGAGGCUGUGAGACACUAGAGGUGGUUCUACGUAGGAACGCUCUGGGCCAGCUGGGAUUUCACGUGAACUUUGAGGGUGUAGUGGCAGAUGUGGAGCCUUUUGGAUUCGCUUGGCAGGCGGGACUUCGUCCCUGUAGCCGACUGGUGGAGAUCUGCAAGAUUGCCGUGGUGACGCUGUCUCAUGAGCAAAUGAUUGACCUGCUGCGGACUUCCAGCACUGUUUCUGUGGUGAUUCUUCCACCACAUGAGGAUGGAACGCCCAGAAGGGCCUCCUCAGAGCUGUACCGCUUCCCUGUGCUGGAGUACAAAACAUUUGGCACUGGGCCUAGCUGGCAGCGCAUGAUGCAUGUGCCCCAGAGCUUAGCCCAUUCCCAGACGCCACCCGCACAGGCUCCUGAGGGGCCUCACCCUGGCCAGCAGCUGCUCCACUACACCCAGGCCGCCAUCUCCCGGAGCACCUCCUUCGAUAAGAAGUUCCAGGAUGGCUCUAGAAUAUUGCAAGACUUUGAACUGGUCCAGAGCUCAGCUGGGAACCCUAGCCAUCCCUACUGUAGAUCCCCCAGUAACCAGUCUACAUCUAGUGACCCAGGGCCCAGUGGCACAUGGAACCAGAAGACUGCCUAUGAUGGAUGCCAGUCAGCUGGUCUUCAGAACCAAGAGGAAGAGAAGGAGGCAGAGGACCACAGAGAGAGGGAACCCAGACUAGAACGCACCAGGUCUGCCGGGUCACCUUGUGUUCCAGAAGCCAAGUGGCACAUACCAUCCUGUAAGAUCCUGCAGAGUGGCAAGCAGAGGCAGGCAGGACAGGAUUGGCCCAGCAAACUACCACGGACCCGAGGGAAGACCUGCCACAGCCACUGUUCCAGCCAGUCUAGCAGCAACACGCUUUCCAGUAACGCUUCCAGCUGCAGCGACGACAAAUUCUUCGACUCAGGAGACCCCGUGGACCCCGAGCCUCUGGGCCUCACCUACAUUAAAGGAGCCUCCACAGACAGUGGCAUUGACACCACGCCUUGCGCGCCACCGGCCCCUCCCCUGCCCCUCCCUGUGGCAGGGGCUUCUCAGAAGCUGCUGAGAGAUGGGAGGGGAGAGGCUAGGCUCCCAUGGCCCCUGGACUAUCAGGAGGUGGAAGAGAGGGAGAGAAACGAGGAGAAAGUCUUCUUGGUACAGGGCCACGCCCCAGAGUCAGCAGCGGAACAUGCUAAUGGUGGAAGCACCGGGGAUCUGAGUGAGAUCUCCUCUUUAUCCAGUGGCUCUCGUCACUCUGGAAGCCCUUCUGAACGUGGCUUGAAGAACAGCAGCUCCACAGAAUUCAAAGCCUGCAGGAUCUUGCCGACCAGCAGCACUGCUGGAAGAGGAGGGGAAAAGCACGCUUACAGCUGCAAAUCACAAGACAGGAAGCAUCCGACUGCCUGGAAGAAAGCAGGGGAUGGCAGUUUAUUGGAGGAGCAGGAGCCUCUUAGUGAUACCGAGCGAUUGCAUUUGACAGAUGCAUCUCAGCUGGUUCAUGGUAAAGAGAAGCUCCGGACUCUCUCUAAGCAGGACUUCCUCCAGAUGCUGCUGCCCGCCGGUCCUCCUGCUCAGCUUCACCAUGCCAAGAUCCCAGCUGUGGGUCAGUCUCCCCGUCGAAUUCUGUACCGGACACUGUCAGAUGAAAGUCUGUGCAGUAGUCACCGGAGGGGUCUGUCCCUUGCCAGCUCCCGGAGCUCCAUCCUAGAGCAGGCUGUGCCCAACGAUAUUUUGUUCAGCACUGCCCUGCCUUACCACAGCACCCUGCCACUACCUGCAGGCCUCAGCCAUGCAGCCAGCCAACGUAAGAAUGAGCUGUGGUUCUCUGAUGGCUCUCUGGUGGACAAGCCCAAGAUGGUAGAGGGUGUGCCCAUGUCCCUGCCAGACGCGACCUCUGACCUAGACUGGGCCCAUCUUCUGGACGCCGCACGUACCUUCGAGGACCAGAAUGCAGUGUCUCUAUGUUCACUGCGUGAUGAGGAUCACAUAACGCAUGUUCUGAACCAAACUACCGAAGACGAUCCCGACCCAGAGGCCGGGAAUGUCUCCCCAGCUCUACUCACAGGCAAAGUGAAUCAGCUUGAGCUCAUUCUCAAGCAGCUCCAGAAUGACCUGAGGAAGGAGCAAGAGGACAAAGCCAUGCUGCAGCAGCAAGUCCAGCAUCUCCGGCAGGACAACCUGCGUCUCCACGAGGAGAGCCAGACGGCUGCUGCCCAGCUGCAGCGCUUCACCCACUGGUUCCUGAACUCGGUGGAUAAGAAGCCUUGAAGUUUUGUUUUUUUUAUUGCUUUUUAAAAUGUCCUUUUCAGCUUAACAUCUAAGCAGCCUAAGAACACCCCAUGUAUGCUGAAAUAGAGGCUAUGUUGGAGAAAACAUGCUCUCAUCACAAGAUUUUGAAUAUGUUUUAAACUAACAUGCUGACAUGCUAAGCAAUCUUUACAAGGAGCUGGUGCAUGAAUGAAGUGGAAGUGAAAAGGAGAGUAUGAGAUAAAACAGGAAGUAAUUAAUCACAACUGAGGACAGAAGAGGGGAACGUGUGGUUAAUAAAAACUAAGAGGCACCAACUUAAGCAAAGCCUUCAAAUUGAUGUAAUGCAAUAACUAUUCUAAUGCUUGUAAUGCUUAGAUCUUAGGUUUCUUGGGCUACCAUCAUCAAGAAAAUGUUUCACUUUAGUUUAGUCCUGGCUGUCUGUCAUUUGUUGAAAUGUAGACCAACCAGAUAUUUACCUUAACUUAGUGUCCAAAGGUGCUCCCAAUAACUAUGUGUAGUGUUGUUUUUGUAAAAAACGUUUUUUUUACGUAAUUAAUUGUUGCAACGUUGUAGCAAUAAACAUGGCCAUGCUGUAGUCACAAAACAUAAAUAUGAUUAGCACUGAGUGUCAUGUUGAAGGUUAAUGUUUGGGAAUGUUUAUUUUACGAGAAGAUAGUAGAGGAGAAGUACGCGUUUCUAUGUCUGAUGUUCUGUUGGGGAUCAUGGACUAGCUUCUAUUUUCUGUUGAUCCUGCUUUUAACCACUUGCAAAGCUAUUUCUGCAGGUAACCUGACAAUCCAUGCUGAAAUCACAAAAGCAAAACAAUUUCUUACUUGUCCAGAGCCCAGUAUGCGGCCUGCACCACCUGUGAACUCUAAAUGCAACAUUUUGUCUUUGUGUGGUAAAAACGUCUCUUGUACUUCAGCACUCUAAUUUAAACCUAUUUAACCCCAAAUUCUUAUUUUAAUAAGAAUAUUUUCCUUUCUGCACUAAAAGGGGUAAUAUCUCUGCAAUGAUAGUACUCUGUAUAGCUUGUCUGAGAUAUAAACGUAGACUUUUAACAGAUUAUUUCGGAGAAGUGCAAGCUACUGCUGCUGGGGAACGGGAUGUUUUUAUGACUCUUCAGAUGUUUUUAUUUCUUUGUAAAUCUGUUUUUUGUUGAACAUGGAAUAAAAGGUUUGCUUUGUAAAAUAAA